UCGACGAGGUGACGUCACCUGGGCGUCGGCAGGUAAAGCGGAGAAGACGAAGGCCCCUUAAUCAUCGGCAGCGCCAUCAACACCAUCAUCGCGAUCGUCAACAACCACAGCAACAACUACAGCAACAACUACAGCAACAACCACAGCAACAACUACAGCAUCACAGCAUUAGCGUGGACCCGCAUGGGCCUCCGUGACCGCCAAGUUCGUCUUCGUUGCCGUCUCAGACUCCGACUGUCUGACAGUUUCUGCCCCGAUAACCUACACCGGAGGACUCGACAGGAUAAACUGGAUUCCAGAGGGCCAGAUAAAAUCUCCACAUCUCCGUGCUGUGCCUACCAAGACCUGUCAAGCUACUCAAAUCCGGCGGCUCUGGCAGCGCCGUCGUGGUGUGCCAUGCCUCCUGCGGUGAUGGGGUUGCCAAUGGCAUCACUUUUCCUGCUGCUACUGGUCUCCACGACACCGCUGGUGCAGGGGGCCCUGCUGUAUGAGGUGGACGAGGAGGUUCUGGUGGGACACCUCAUCGGGGAUCUCAGGCAAAGCAAGGAAGUAGCUGAUAUGGGACCUAACCUGGAGUUUAAGGUCAUGUAUUCGGCAGAGGCCAAGCAUCUCAUUAAAGUGAACGAAUUGUCGGGCGAGCUUUCCGUGGCCUUAAACCUUGACCGUGAGGCUCUGUGCAUGGAGGAGCCCGACGCGUGCAGGAGCACCGGCUUCAUGCACACCGUGCAGGUUGCCGCCAUGGCCAAGGGCGAAGGCUCCAGUAACCUCCGUCUCCUCGACGUGCAGCUUUUGGUGCGCGACAUCAACGACCACGCACCAGCCUUCCGUGCGCCGCAUCUCAAUGUCUCCAUCUCUGAGAGCGAGGCCGUGGGGCGCCGCGUGCCGCUGCCCCGUGCCAUUGACCCCGACGCUGGCGACAACGGCAUACAGCAUUACCGAAUCUCGGCGGCCAACGGAGAUGGGCUCCAGCUCGGGCCCUUCAGCCUCUUCGAAAGCGAUGAUGACGAUGAUGGCGGCGGGGUUGGUGUUGAUGGGGAUGGUGGCAUGGGCCGUCGGGCCCUGCUGGAGCUGCGCGAGCAGUUGGACCGCGAAGCGGUGCCCUCGUACGAGUUGCUGCUGUGGGGCGAGGACGGCGGCAACCCGAAGCUCUCGGGCUCUGUGCUGCUUACCAUUGUUGUCGUCGAUGCCAAUGACAAUGCGCCAGUGUUCGUUGACCCGCCGACGCGGCCCGUCCGCAUCACCGAGCACUCGAAGGUCGGCACAAGUGUUGUGCAGCUACGUGCGGCCGACCCUGACGCUGACCUCAAUGGUGCCAUCACCUACUCCUUCCACACGAAGCUCACAUCGCUGGCGACGCAGGCGGCAUUGCUUGUGGACGGCACGACGGGCCUCGUCACGGUGGGGAAUGCGGAAAAGCUGGAUCGUGAGACGAUGCCCGUGCACCGGCUAGUUGUGGUGGCUCGUGAUGGUGGGCACUUUUCUCGUUCCGCCUCGGUCACCGUGACAGUGGAGCUGAAUGAUGACAACGACAACGCGCCGGUAUUUGAGGUGAUCGCGCUGCAAGGCGAGUACCUCCCGGAUGGCGGUGUAAAGAUCGUCGAGAACCUGCCAUCGGGCACGCCUGUGGUGCUCAUUUCUGUGUCUGACCCAGACCUGGGGUCCAGCGGCACUGUCGAUGUGCGCCUCGAGUUUCCCUCUGGUCCCAGCGCCGCCUUCGAGCUCACCAGUGUGGGCGGGUCUGGCGGGGGCGGUGGAGCCGGAUCGACUUCGUCGGUGGGAGCAGAGCUCGGCAGCCCCAACAAGGUGCAGUUCCUGCUGAAGACGACGCGUCUUCUGGAUUACGAGGAGGCGCAACAGUACAAUGUGAGCGUGUUGGCAGCGGACAGGGGUAACCCCAAGCUCUCCAAACUAUUGAACCUCGUCAUCUCCGUGGUGGACGUCAAUGACAAUACGCCGGUCUUCAUGAACCCCGCAUCGAUCGAGGGCGAUGUGGCCGUGUACGAGGUGUCGCUGCGUGAGAAUGGCCCAGCUGGCACUGUCGUACUGAACCUCUUGGCUACAGACGCUGACAGCGGCGCGAACGGGGCCAUCACAUUCACACUAAGCGAGUUGGCGGGUGGGGGUCCUGGGGCAGAGCCGUUCUCGCUGAACAAGCGCACGGGACAGCUGACGUUGGCGACGCCGCUGGACCGCGAGACGCGCAUGCGCUACGAGCUGUCAGUGGAGGCGUCUGACGGGGGCUCGCCCCAGCGCAAGGCCCGUGCCAUGGUGCGCGUCACCGUGCUCGACGAAAAUGACAAUGCCCCCACGUUCGUGGGCGUCUCCAAUUCCACCAACUGCAUGUACCAGUUCUUCGUGGAGGAAGAGACGUCUGUAGGCACGUAUGUAGGCACCGUCUCAACGAGCGACCUGGACGAGGGCGACAACGCCCGCGUUGCCCUCAACCUCGUACGGGAGGCUGGGCCUGACUGGAUUGGUGGCGCAAGCGAUGCGGGUGGGAAUAACCGGUACUUCUCGAUGACACCGGGUGGGGUGGUGCGCACACUCGUGGUGCUGGACCGCGAGGUUCGCGUUCAGUAUGAACUUAGUGUGAGGGCUGUCGACUCGGGCCGCCCCGCCCUGUCGGCGUCAUGUCGUGUAAGCAUCACAGUCAGCGACACCAAUGACAAUGCACCGGUGAUCACGUCACCCAAUACCAACGACACUUGGAAACACGUGCGCACCUUCUCGCCGGCCGGCAUGCUGGUAGGGGUUAGCGUGACGGCGAACGACAUCGAUGCUGGCGACAAUGGGCGACUGCUGUACGAGAUCGCCGGAGGAAACCCCAAAGGUAUCUUCCUGCUGAACGCCGACUCGGGUGCCCUGUCGCUGGCACGCACGGUCAGCGGCUCGGACGAGGGGCUGCACCGGCUAGUGGUACGUGUGCGUGAUCGUGGAGGUAGUGGGUCACGACGAGUCCGGGCGGUCUCCGGGUUGCUGGAGGCAGCGACGCCGGUGCUGCUCCAUGUGUUUGUGAAUGAAACGGUGGAGAACGUGACGCUCAUUGAGCAACUCGUGGCUGAGAGCCUGAUGCGACCGCUGAGUGAGGAUGUGGUGAAUUUGGGCCGGCGCACGGGGCCCGAUCUGCCCACGUGGGCCAUCGUUGCACUGGUGGCGGCCGUGGGCGUUAUCCUCCUCGCUGUCACCAUCGGACUUAUUGCCUUCUUUUGCCGGCGCCGCCGAAGGCAGAGUGGGGGGAGGGGCGGAAAGAAGGGCGCGCCCAGUGGCGGUGCAGGCAUUAUAAUGUCGUCGUCGUCAUCAUCGUCAUCCGGGCAGCACUUGCAGUCACAGCAGGCGGGCGAUUUCCUCAUCGCGGGCAGCAAAAAGGGGCGCAGGAAGCAGAGGACGAACAAGGGCGCCGUUGCUGGGAUCCAGAUGCAGUCACGCGGCUCUGUGGGUGAGCGUCUGGCCGGGAGCCCCGAGUCUCAGCCGUUCAUGAAGAGGUUCCGAUUCAGCUCUUCCUCAUCGCACGGUGGGGGCACCAGCGUCUACCGCCCAGCCUUUCUCGCCGGGCCAGACGGGGAUCCAAGCCCCCCGCCAGCGUCAACAUUCAAGCCGGAUACUCCAUCGUUCAGCACCUUCGUGGAGGCGCCAGUCGGCCGGGUCACGGGAUCUGGGGGCCGUGGUGGUGGUGGUGGUUCUAGCAGAGGCGGUUAUGCCAACGACGCCCCUCGGAGCAACCACAGACAGCACGGGGGACCAGACCGAUAUGAUGACGGCUACGAGCAUCACAUGAGCGGCCGCCCCCCUUUACCCACAACACAUCACCUGAACCGUACCCACGACCGCAGCACCCCCGAGGGCAGCGUUGGUGGGCGCGACGACCCCGAGACUGGCGGCCGCCUGCCUGACAUUGCACGCUACCCUCCUCCUCAAUUCCAAGACUACGCAGAUCCGGUGGAUGCCGAUGUCAUCUACGACCCACGCGGCUUCGACCCCCAUGACUACAGCCAGGACUAUGAUGACCAGCACGACUACAGCAACCAGCACGACUACAGCGACCCACCCGACUUCAACAACCAGCACAACUACGACAACCAGGAUCACCAACACUAUGGCGAGCAGCUGUACAGUAACCCAGACCGUGACUACGAGCAGGAAGCGUACAGCUAUCCGGAUUACGACCGGCCACACGAACGCACGGCGAGGCAUGUGCCCACCACCGAGUUGUGAGCUUGUACACGAGCGAGUGUGUGUGUGUGUGUGUGCAUGUGCUUGCGGGCGUAUGCACGUGCAUGCACACACACACACUGGCGCACAUGUACAUGUCUGUGGGUAUGUACGUGUUUGUGUGUAUACACACGGCCAUGUGUACACGCACAGCAUGGUUAAGCACACCAUCGAGUUGUAAGCUUGCGAUCAUGUACCUGCAGGUAUGCAUGUGUGCACUUCACAUGUACAUUAGUGCAUGCCAGGUGCGCAAUCUUGCACGUGUACCAUACGCGUGCGUGUACAUCCGUACAACUACCAUGUACACCUGUGCCUGUAUAUGCGUGUGGGUGGGCUCAUGGGUGUGUACACUUGCCUACAAGCACACAGUGUACAUGCGUAUUAACACAAUGCAUUUGUUCACACCUGUGUAUCUGACCACCUGUAUGCACACAGGUGUGUACCUGUGUGCAUACAAAUUGUAUAUAAAGUUGAUCUUGUAUGUCACAUUCAAGCAAAAAUUCACAUCGUGCAUACAGACACAUACGUGUGAAUGUACGCACGCGCAUGUACACAUACGCGUACACACAUAGUACACAUAUACACGUUCAAGAACGUACACUUGCAAACAACCAUAUGCAGCAUUCAUGUACGUGAACCCUCCCACAAACAUCCCGUGUAUAGCCUGAACAGACUGGUGGCGAAAGUUCUGUUGGCGAUCGCCUAUUAAGGCCACCAUGGCACGUGAGGGGGUGCGUGGCCAACACCAUGCCCGGCCACCUUUGUCUCCCCAGUGGUGAUGUUACACACCACACCAGGUACUCAUUUGAGGCUGAGUUGACCUACAAGAGGCCCAUGACCGGUUCAGAUACUCAUCACUGGUGUUGCAGCGCACUAACCGCUACACUACCGCUUCCCAUGAAUCGACCCCCACCCCACACACACGCGCGUGGUAUGCGGUCUCAUGUCAAAUUAAUUAAGGAGAUUAAAAAUAAGAAUAAGCCAUUUCGCUAACUAACUGCUUGUUGCUAUGGUGACAUUAACGUUAGUCAUAGAGUAAUUGGGGUGAUGGUCUGUGUGCUCGUGCAUCUCGUUUGUAAAAAAAAAAUGCGUCUGGGUCUUUAGGCACUUUAAAACGGGGACAUUCAAAAUGUUGAGUUCAGUGAUGGGUGGUGUUACGUUGUCUACCGGCGUUUGAAAAUCUCAAUUACAGAGAUUCAUAACCUGGGAUUAACAUGUUAACUUUGUGAAUAAAAGCUCAUUAACUCAAGAUUAACACACCUUCAAACUGAACUGAACCUUAUUAUCUUGGGCUAAAAUGUAUCAAGUUGAGCUUGUACCUGAGUGCUAACCAGAUUUUGUUAACGUGGGAUGAAGUAACUGACACGUCAGCCUUGUCAACAAGAACUUGUUAUGCCAGGCAUAAUUACAUUUGCGGGCUUUCAUUAACCUGCACUAACCUCCGUUAGCAAGAGCUAAUUAACCCAAGAUAACCUUGGUAACCCAGGCUAGCCUUGGCAAUGGGAGCCCUUACACGGGGUUACCUAACUCUGUAACCCAAUCCAACUUUAUCCGAGGGCCAUCUCUGCAGAUAACGGUUUUACAAGUGAGGUGCGAUUGUGAUUUCAUUUUUGUAAAGACGGUGUUAUAAUGUUUAUUUUUGUUAACGUGCAAAUAGAUAAUUGCUUACGGUAUUUUUUAAAAUAAAUUUGUUUUAUAUUUAAUAUCUCGCCAAUGCCAGGAAAGGAUGUGCGCGAGGUGGCGUCGUUACAAGUGUCGAUCGGCGUUCACUCGCACAAAACUAAUUAGGUGAUUUUUUUUGCUUCCCUUAUUACAGCUUUCAAAGACAAACAAGAUGGAAAUAGUUUCCGCUUGGGGGUUUUGUGCAACCAUUUGCGGAUUGUUGUCAUGACAGGAUGUGUGUGUAAUAUUAGUUUGCGAGUGAAACGCUUCGUCCAUAGACAAUAUUGACUUGAAGUUUUUGUUAAAACAUCGCGAUGUCUGUUGCGAGGAUGCCGCCGUACUGGGCGGUGAUCGUCCAUUUUGCUUACGCUGGCAUCAUUAAUAGCGUGUCAUAGUUUGAUAUCAUCAUCAUCCUUGAUAGGGGAACUGCCCCGUGUCAACAUGGCUGCUUGGUUACAACAGCGAGUUGUCAAACGGACGUCUCGUCACUACAUUUGUAAUUAUUAUUGCCUUGAAAGUAUAAAAAGCCAACACAGACAAACUCUUUGGUAUUUUCGGUAAAGUCACGUAGGUAAAACAAUCAAUAAAAGAAAAUAAAUGAAAACAACUCAAUUAAAUCAUUAAUUUUAUUUUAUUGAUUUUUUUACCUACGUGACUUUACCGAAAAAACCAAAGAUUAAGAAUCCUUGCAGUCACGAAAGCUUCAAAUCUAGAAACAGUAAGACAAUUUUGACCAAUUACCCUCAGAGAAAAAGAGGGAGCAGCCUGACCGUUAUGACUUAGAGUUGGAGCAUACAAAGGUUGUUAAUGGUUAACCUGCACUGUAGUUUUUAAAAACCAAAUCAAACUUGCCUGAUUUUUCUAGGUAUUCCACUCUUACACAUGAUUUGCUCCCAUUGUUGUCAUGCCUUCAUGAUAAAGUGUAUAUUUCUCUCGGGCAAUUAUGCAGCAAAGUCAGGAUAUGAUUUCACAUCCUCAUCAGUUUUUAGACUCGCUCCUGAAACACUGAACUAUACUACUGUGUCAGAGACGCGUAUUACCAAACUUUAAUUUAAGCUGUUAUGGCAUCUUCCUUCACGAUGAACUUAACACAACACCGUCACGCAGUACAUAACGCACCGUUUGCCACCAUAUGGAAAUGCCAAGACUGAUUUGCGCAGCCAUAUGAUGUAGCUUCACACAGGAGUUGCCAGAUAUUGCCACGACCAGCUCCACCGAAUUCAGAAGCGAUUUGUCACAAUUUUAUGUAAAACAGAGAGUGCAGGUUAACUGUAAAUGACCCUCAUAUAUUCUGCAGUGUGGUGCCUUGUAAACAUUCAGACAUUGGGAAUGUAGUAGUAUUAAUGUGGAGACUAUUUAAGAAAGGGUUUAUAUGAACAGAUAGUGUGGCAAACACUUUAAUGGCAAAACAAUUACAAGUUUAGGAGACCCUUGAAUGGGAAAACUAGUAAAAAUAAUAAAAUGGAGUUUUGAGUUAAGGUAAUGCACAAAUCCAAAACUGUAAAAUGUAAUUAAUAUUAGGAGAAACUUAUAAAAUGCCACAUGGCAUCGCAAGUGUGUGACGAUAUCUGUGUGGGCGCACCACUGCCAACGCAGUCCCUCCAAGUCUUUUUUGACGCAGGUUACCGGCGUCUGAGUGAGCGACACGCGUCGCCGAGGGACACUCACUGUCCCUACGGCCGGGAAAUCUGCGCUUCGCUUCCAAGUACAAAGGCGCCGCUUUGCUAAUUUUAAAAUAUACGUUGUAAAUGUUUUCUUUUUACGGUGCGAGUGAGUGCUUGAGAGCGAGGUUUUUUUGUCCUGUUCAAAAUGAAAAUGGAAUGGAUGCGGUUUGAAUAAAAUGAAAAAAACUAUUAAUUGUUUUUA